CUGGAGGGGGAUCAGACAGAGGAGAGGGUGGAAGAGAUGAUAAAAGAUCACACAAGAGUAAUCCCAUCAAACCCCUCUCCUUCUCCGGUCUUCUUCCCUCUCCACGUCAACAACCAGUAAAUGAUAACUAGUUAUCCUGAUCACACACAAUAGUGCCACGUGGCACUCUUAUCACAUGAAGACCAUGAAGACACAACAGAUUUCCGUAACGACGUCAACCUCAGGUUGCUUGUGUUAUCAUUAUCUCAUAAAGUGUUCGCGGUUCGGAGUUCUCUUGCAGGGAAUAGAAGGCGAGCUUCUCAACGGAACUCUGCGUGUUCAUAUUUACGGAGCAAAAGACCUCCUGACCGUCACAGACAAUGGGACAGCAGUCAUGGGGAUUAUAGAUGAGGGCAGGUGCAACAACACAAGGACGAGCUAUGCGAGCGUUGAACUGCAGUCUGUUGUUGUCGCGCGGACUCAAGUCGUCAAUGACAGCCUCACUCCAACAUGGAACCGGUCGUUCGACCUCCUGGUUGGGCAUCGGGCAAGGUACCUGUCGAUUUUGGUGACGGCCAGCUGCGGCGGCGGGGUUGGUGAGCAUGUAGGAAUCGUGUGGAUUUCUAUGGCGUCAGUGCGGCACGAGACAGAGGUUGAGAAGUGGUAUCCCUUGUGUUAUAAUGGACAAUUCACGGACGCGGAAGUGCAAGUGCGCCUGAAAUUUACGAGCAAUGUUCAGCAACGGAACGGAACGGAUUGGGUCCCCCUCUCAUCGACUUUCCCUUUAAGGAAAGGCAACCGAGUGACCCUGUUCCAAGAUGCACAUGUGCCCAACACCUUCACCCCGUAUGUGGUUUUGGCAAAUAACGAGACGUUCGUUCAGCAUCGACUUUGGGAAGAAAUGUACACGUCGAUCGCGAACGCAAAACAUUUCAUUUAUGUCGCUGGAUGGGACUUGUUACACACGACAGUUCUGGUAAGAGACGAGAGCAGGAUGAUUGCUGGGGCGGAAGGUGUGAGCAUCGGCGAUCUCCUGGUGAGGAAGAGUAAGGAAGGCGUCAAGGUGUUAGUGUUGCUGUGGAACAACAGAUUCAACAGCAAGAAUAGCGCCGCCGACUCCGCGUGGGUUGAGAUUGUGAAGAUCGACACGCAUUCCCACGAGGCGUGCGGCUACCUCUGCGAAUCGGGCGUCCAGUGCGCGUUGUCCGAUCGCCGGCAAGAUGUGAACAUCUUAGAUUGGAUUAAACUUGUCAACGAGGAGUCCAGAUCCCAAGCCAUUCUGGACCAGUAUGUUGCAUGGGCUUUCUCUCAUCACCAGAAGCUGGUCCUGGUUGAUGCUCCUGUUAAUAUGGCCUCUGGUUCAGCGAAUCUUCGGAGGAUUGAAGCAUACGUUGGUGGCGUCGAUUUGACACAUGGACGCCCAGCCGCAUGGGACAUCCUGACGAAUUUCGAACAACGGUGGCGCAUUCUUAAGUCAAAGGAUGUCUGCAAUCCAUCUUGGUUGCAGAGAUUUUUCCACCCAAACGACGCAGUGAAGGAACUGUUUGAUUUCAGCGUGCAUCCGGAGUUUAACCGAUCGGGCGAAUUCUUUGCGGUGCCGGAAACGGACCCAGAAGCUUGGGAUGUGCAGUUCGUUCGAUCGAUUGACAACGCGUCUGUUGCAGGCCUGCGGCCAGCUAUGCAGCUUGGCAUCCCACAGAUCGCUGGAUAUGAGACGAGCGUCUACCAUGCGUACGUCGGUGCCAUCCGCCAAGCAGAGGCGUUUCUUUACAUCGAGAGCCAGUACUUCAUCGGAAGCGCUCCUUGGGAGGAGGGCAAAGAUGUGCCUGUGCCCCUGGAAAUCGCUUUGAAGAUAGCAAGAAAGAUCCAGGCCGGACAGCAAUUUGCAGUUUACGUCCUCAUUCCUAUGUGGCCAGAGGGCGUGCCAACCUCGGCAAUCGUGCAAGAGAUGUUACACUGGCAAUAUGACACCAUGAAGACGAUGUACAACAUUGUCAGCAAUGCCGUUCUGGCAAAGGGACUUCAACAGAAGCCCACCGACUACUUGAACUUCUUCACGAUCGUCAAUCGGGAGACGGAAGUCGAUGGCGAAUACCAGCCACUUGAAUCUAUGCGAGACUCCGACGAGCAUUACAGGAAGGCGCAGCUCUACAGGCGAUUUCCUAUCUAUGUCCAUUCUAAAAUGAUGAUUGCCGACGAUGAGUUCAUUAUCGUUGGAUCGGCCAAUAUCAAUAACCGGUCCAUGGAUGGCCGGCUCGACACGGAGUCGGCAAUCAGAGCUUAUCAGCCAUACCACACAAAUGCAUUCCGGAGAGCGCAGCCACGCGGCCAAGUCCACGGCUUCCGGAUGUCAUUGUGAGCUGAGCAUACAGGUGCAGUUGAGGACAUUUUCCUGAAGCCAUCUUCUGUCGAAUGUGUGAGAAGAUUGCGCGCGAUCGCAGAAGCGAAUUGGCAGCAAUACGUUGCAGAAAACAUAACAGAUAGUAUGCAUAGCCACAUUGUUCCGUACCCCAUCUCCGUGGGACAUGAUGGAAUGCUGAGUUUGCUGCCAGGAUUUGAGACAUUCCCAGACACAGUGGCACCUGUGCAGGGCAAAGAAUCUCGUCAAAUCCUCGACAUUCUUGUGACGUAAAUAGUAAUGAAAUACCAGAGAGCGC